CUCUGGAAAGUACAGCGGUCAUGAAGACUAUGAAGAUCCUGAGCAGUGUUCUGAUACUCUCCCUGAUGUUGGCCGAGACCACGUUGGGCGACAUUCAGAAGAGAGUGGUCGGGGGAAACACAUGCAGACCCACUGAAAGGCGAUACCAUGUCCGUUUGACAGCUAAAACUCCAUCGAACGGAUUGGAAAAGGUCUGCGGCAGUUCUCUGAUCACCAACAUGUGGCUUCUAACCGCCGCCCGCUGUUGGCCUGCUGGACCAGAAUGGAAGAUGUAUGCAGAAGUAGGGGGACAUCCAGGCCCUGUGAAACCUCAAGUAGAAAUCAAACGGAAGAUGAUACAUAAAGAUAAGAAAGGGAAAAGCCAUGACAUCAUGCUACUGCAGUUACCAACUCCUGUUCCGGGAACUAUUCCAGGUCCUGGGGUUGAUCCAAUCCCUCUUGGUGAUUGUACACAAAUUUUGGCCAAACUUCGGGGGAAGACAUCUAAACCAGAAGAGUUCAAAACAGUUCAGAUUGCAGGCUAUGCUGCCACUGCACCUGCUGCACCUGACGCUGGGGUACCUGACGUUGGGGUACCUGACGCUGGGGUACCUGAUGCUGAAGCACCUGAUGCUGCCAACACCAAAGUCCUACAUUGUGCAGAGCUGGAUGUUAUGAAAUGUGACGCCUCCGUGGCAAAGUCCCAUCAAGACAUCUUCUGUGCACAACGUGCCGGAGUGGAAACCUGUAGAAGUGACUCUGGAGCAGGUGUGGUGUAUAAGAACCAGCUCUAUGGCGUCUUCAUCGCUGAGGACAAUGGUGAAGAAUGUUCUGCAGCGGCAAUCAUCAUGGAUGUCUGCAAGUACAAAGAUUGGAUAAAGAAGGUAAUUGGAAAAUAAAGAAGAAAACUGACCGUUUUCAUUUGAUUAACAUCAAAAGCUGAUUAUUGUAUCCUAAUAAACCAUAAAAGAAAUCUCAGAUUUACUCAAUGUCAUUGGUCUUGUUAUAACUGUAGUGGGUUAAUCCAGGAUGUUGAUAGUGUAUAUCCCAUUGUGGUACUGUAUAGUUUAGUACAUCCCACUGUAACUCUGUCUUCCUGGACACACGAAGGCUGGUAUUCAAUCAAAGGUGUGUCGUUGACAUCUCUGGACAUUCACCAACAACACACUGUCUCUGGACAUUCACCAACAACACACUGUCUCUGGACAUUCACCAACAACACACUGUCUCUGGACAUUCACCAACAACACACUGCCUCUGGACAUUCACCAACAACACACUGUCUCUGGACAUUCACCAACAACACACUGCCUCUGGACAUUCACCAACAACACACUGUCUCUGGACAUUCACCAACAACACACUGUCUCUGGACAUUCACCAACAACACACUGUCUCUGGACAUUCACCAACAACACAUUAACUAGGAUACUACUUCAGUAAAAUAAUUAAUGAACUAAAUAUACAUUUAAACACUAAUAAAUCUUUUACUGUUGACGAUUAAAAUGA